AUCCAACACGUGCUUCUCUCUUUCAAUCUUAUCCAUUCCCUUUGCUUCAUCAAUUACUAGCUAGUUACUACUUUCAUGGACAACAACAAAAAGAAAUCUUCUUCUUCCUCAUCAUCCUCUUCCACCACCAACUUUGACCAUCUUUUUGGUCCCAAGGAUCCCUCUACCAUCUCAUCUUCUUCCACAAGCAUCUUUGGCUCUAUUUUUCCCCCUCCUUCUUCCACUGUUGGAGGAGGGAGAGAUUCAAGGAAGCAGGAGGUGGGAUUCAAAAAUUAUGGAGCACCAGGUAAUUACGGUAAAGGUGAAAGCAGUUGUGGCAACAAGAAUGAGACAGUGGAGCCCAGCAGCUACUACAGUUCAUCAAUCUACUAUGGUGGUCAAGAAAAUUAUUCCCCAAAAACAACAACAUCAUCAACCAGGACCACUGAAUCCCACCAUGCUUUUAACAAAGAUAAGAAAGAUGAUGAUCCCGAUGGUAACGACUCAAAUAGCGCCUCAAGAGGAAACUGGUGGCAAGGUUCCCUUUAUUAUUGACACACUACUACACACUUAACUCCCCGGCCAUGUUGCAGGGUGAUGUGAACUCUGAAGAAUUAACUAUAUAUAAAGUGUAUGAUAAAAUUAAAUAAGAGAUCAGAUGCUAGCUAGUCCUGGUUAAGUAGUAUAUUAACAACAUUAUGGGUGUUUUUUUUUUAAUUAAUACCAAGCAGGUCGCUUCACAUACAUAACGUUAACUGCACAUAAACUAAAGUAGUUAGCCCUUACUAUCAAAAUCAAUAGUACUUAAUUAGUACACAUAUAAAUUAUAGUUGCUCCCUGCUGCUCAGUUUGUUUUUGUAAUUUUAUUUUACAUAAAAGGUUAGUUUCGUCUUUGUAGCUGACCUUCAGCUUUAGACUUUAGGUCUUGUAUUGUUACAAUCGUGUGAUCUCCUUAGCUUGUUGCAUGUACUUUCAGGUUUCUGGGUCUAUAUAAUAUAGUGUAU